AGUUAAUAUUUCCCACAUAGGACAAAUAAGUUGAAUGAAUCUUUGUAAGAAUUAAAAUAUAAUAUAUAUAAAGUGAACAUUCUAAAUCACUAUAUACAAUUUUAUAAAAAAUAUUAUUUUGAAAAGGAGACAUGAACGAAUCCUGAUUUUUUAUUGUCUUUGAGUACAUUAUUGAAAGUUAUAAAUGUCUUUCCUCUUCAACUUCUGGGGGCUAGAUGCCAACCUUAACUCUUUAUUCCUGAGAUUUAUUUUAGUAUAAACUGCAUUCAUACUCUUAAAUAUGAUUUCUUCACCCCUUACAGAAUUUGGAUGCAUAAAUACAUACAGUGCUCCUUUAUAAGGUUCAUAAGCCAUAUAUGCUCAAAACAAGGGUUUUUUUAGUUGAUGCUGUACAGGCAGGAACUUGUUCUCUUACAAAAUAGGACAGCUCUAUAGCAAGAAUGAAAACACCGGCAGAGCUAUGAUACUUGGGGCUACAGAUAGGGAAGGAAAAGAUACCAAUAUGGUAUCUACUAGCAGAAAUUUGCAGGAUUUGCUUGUUUCAAGUUGAGGGCAAGGAAAAGAGGAUGUCUGUCAGAUCCAGUAGUACAGGAAUGCUGGAUCAUUUUAUGCUUAUAAGAAAUACUUUUUGUUUCCAUUAGUGCAUUGAACAAUAUAUUUUUGUAUAGACAAUACUUUAGUUAACAAAUCUUUCUGUAUCACUCUGGGCCCUCUCUUUCCUCCUUAUCCUCUACCAGAAUCCCUUUCUGGGCAUGUAUUAACAGCAAAACAAAGAGAAACAGAAAGCAGAUAAGCUUGGGGUAGUCCGCACUGGCCUAAUAAAGCAACUUCUAAUCGCUUUGAAGACAAGGUAUUUAGACGAUGCACGAAGUGAAACCAGGUGGAAACUGAAAGGAAGCAGCGUCUUUUAAACAGCAUACCUCCAAAGUGACCCAAAGCAGCUUUAUUUUGACCUGUCUGUAUGGGCUUUUAGUCUCAGAGGUGCUACAAGAUCUCUCUACAUACUAGUUCUACAGACUAAUAUGGGUGUAUGUUUGAAUUCUCCCUAUGCAUUGUGAGUGAUGCUUUAUUUCUGUGAAAAUGCCAUACAUUUGACAUGUUACCAGUUGGGGCAGCACAAACUGAGUUAACUGAGAUAUGUCUGUAGCUGGAACCAUGCUUUGUCGAUAAACCUAGAAUUCUGUCCUGAAAGCUCCAAAAUUGGAUAUGGUACAAGAUUAUGAGAUUUCUAGUAUGGCACUUGAUUUGGAUCUUGGAAAUACUGUUUCUAACUAAAACUGCAGUCGCCGCUUGUUUGGGGACAAGAGGAAGUAUAGUUUGAAAUAACUCUAUAAAGAAACAUUGGCCUGUUACAGAUGGGCACAAAGUAUGGACUCAGUCUGUACUAGGGUUAGGAAGGGGCAACAUUUCCUGACGCCCCUAACCCUAGUAUGGACUGAGUUCAUACAAAAUGGCGGUGCCGCCAUCUUGACAUAGACGCGUUGCGUUCGCGUGGCGUAUAUGAUGCCGCUAGUGUGCCAUUGGUGCCUCACGGCGUCAUAAUUGCGCCGCAAAGAGAAGCGCCAUUUUGGCACUUUGCAGCAUGGAGGAGUCGCACGGUUUGGCUGCUGCGAUUCCGCGCUGCAACCGGCAGCGGCGCGAGACCGCCCCUUUUGAGUGGCCUGUAAUGCACCAUUCUUUUAGCCAUACUACUUCCAGAAACCUGCCCUGUAAAAAAAUUGACUCUGUGCAAGGCAGUGUUUGUCCUUGUUAGUCCUUUGGAAAGGCUAAGCACCCCACUAUCUGGAGGAUCAUAUGGACCCCAUCUCUGGGUCUGAGCAAAGUUCUGGACUUAGGCUCCUUUGGAAUAUAUAUAUUUUUCUUGAUGUCUCUGCCUCUGAAAUCAAUGUGGUUUUCCAAUCAUCUGCAUUCAAUAUGUACUACAGGGCUUCUGGUGUUUGAGUGUGUCUUUAACUGGAGUCUGUUCAUCUCCCUCCAUGUUGUGGUCACGCAGCACAAGGCUCAAAAUAGCUUCCAAAUGCAGGUGUUCUGAGUGGGUUUACUACCACCCACAUUUUUCUGAAAAUGAAAGUUUGUCCCAAGCUUACCCACUGACCGUUUAUCCAUCCCCCACCACUGAUGUGUUCUCAAAUAUGAAACCAAACCCACAACCCAGCAGAAUCCUGCUGAAAAUAACCUCUGUUUAUGAAAGGGGGAUGAAAAACCACAAAGACCCAUCCUUGCCUGGCUAUGCUUGUGGCAGGUUGAGAGACAGUAUUCCCAGCGAUCCAGGUUGCUCUAUUUCUAGGGCUGGGGCUAGUUUGUAAUUACAGGAGCAAGCCCUGUAAUUUUGCUUAGCAAGCAGCCAAAGUUCUUAUUGACAACUGUCCAAUACUAAAUUUUCUACACAUAACACAUUUCAGUUUAACAGACUUAAGAAGUAAAGCUGCCAGUCACUUGAGGAACCAUUUGAGAGCUGUCUGCAGCAGUAACAACAGCUGCUGCUUCAAACCUUGCUUGCCUGUGUUUCUCAGCCACCCCAUACUAAGGAAUUAUGUCGAUCGCCCACACAGCUGGUCAGUACAUGCUCUCAGAUGCUCUGCUUCCAGACCCAAAGGGCUCCAAUGCUAAAGGACUUCGCCUGGAAUUACCCUGCGACCGCAUGGUGAAGUUUGUGACAGUGGGGUUGCCUCUUUUGUUGAUGUCCCUGGCAUUUGCACGGGAGUUUUCUGCAGGCUCCCAGAUCAAUUGCUUUUCUCCUAGCAACUUUACACAGAAGCAGUCUGCGUAUGUGGAUACUGUAUGCUGGGAUUCCUUGCUUCACUAUGAUCCUGACACGCUGGGAGAGUCUAGACCCAAAUCCCUUUGGGUCCUGAAGGUGUUUCCAUAUUCCUUACUAGUGAUUGCUGUCGCCAUGUAUCUGCCUUAUCUGAUCUGGCGAUAUGCGGCUGCCCCAUCACUUAACUGUGAUUUGUUCUUCAUCAUUGAUGAGCUGGAUAAAUCCUACAACCGUUCCAUCCGCCUAGUGCAGCACAUGGUGAAACUCCAGCAGUCUGGAACUGAUCCAGAGGAACUCUGGGAGGAAUAUGACAAAGCUCGCCAAGAACGAUACUUCGAGUUCCCUCUACUGGAGAGGUACCUGGCAAGUAAGCAGCGCUCUCACUACCUUGUGGGCAUCUACAUUUUGAAGAACCUUGUUCUCCUCUCCUUCAUGGCUGCCACUUGUCUCUACCUUGGCUACUGCCACAUGAGUGUUUUCUUCCAAGAUGAAUUUAGUUGCUCAAUCAAGACAGGACUCCUACAGAACACACCUCAUCUCCCAGAUUCAGUUCCCUGCAAGCUCCUAUUCUUCUCAAUCUUCCAGACCACCAGCAUCUGCCUUGGUGCUGUGUAUGUUCUCCUGGGCCCCAUUGUGGUCUAUCAUUUGCUCCACCUCUUCCAUUGGGAUAAACGACUCUUGUCCAUCUAUGAGAUGCUCCCAGCUUUUGACCUUCUCAGCAGGAAGAUGCUGACCUGCCCUAUGAAUGACUUGAAUAUCAUCUUGCUGUUCCUGAGAACCAACAUUUCAGAAGUCAAGUCCUUCAGCCGGCUAAGUGUCCUGAGUACACUGAAGGAUGUUACAGCAGACAAAGAAAGCAUUGAUACUGUGGUGGAUUUCAUGACCCUCCUGGCUGGCUUGGAGAUGUCCAAGCCAAAGCCCUUCUGCACUGAUGGAAACUCAUUGCAUCCUAACAGUGAAUUUAUUGAAAUGAAACCAGCCUUGGAAUCAAAAUAAAACUGACAACGGUCAGCUUGACAGAGCAGCAAACAGCAGAGCAAACAUCGUUGGCGAAUAGUGCUAAAGCAUUGGAAAGCAAAUCAGUACAACUGUUAUUGUUGGUCCCCAGUCAUCCAAGUGCCCUGGACUUUCCUGGCAUUUCCAAGUUGUGGUCCUGGUUGCACAAUCGGCAUAUACUCUAUAACCUAAACGCUUAUUUACUGUGUACCAAUUUCAUAAGAUUUACAAUUUGUAAUGAAAGUGAUUAUAGAUUGCCCUUAGAUUUUGAGCAGAUGCUGUUGUGUUGUUUUAUGGGGCUUUAAUGGACACUCAUUCUAGCAAGUCCUGUGCCUCUAAACACAGGGAAGCGGACCAUGUAACCUAAAUGUUGCUGCACUAUUGCCUAGGCAUUUAAAAAAGAAAUUCCUACUGGAUGUCCAUCUCUUCACAUGGUUCAUGUGUGUAUAAUCCUGACAUUCAGAUUAAAGAGAAUGUGAUUUUUAAAAAUAAGAGAGCAAAGGCAGAGUUGCAAAUAUCUUUACAGAUAUUAUACGUUAGCUUUAGGGAGCGUAAUUUCCAAUCUGAAUCUUGUACAGGACUGAAUCUGUAACUGUUUGGUUUUAUACAAAUGAUUCAUGUUAGUUCUGCCGACUACUCCAUUAAAUUUAAUGUUAAAGUAAUUUUAAUGUUAAAAUAAAUCAGUGUACAACAUGUUCCUGUUUCAGUUGGCUUUCAUGCAGCACCUUUGUUGUGGGCAGGAUCUUGAAAUAAUAUACAAAGUACACUUUGAAUGCUAGCUACAGACAGAUCUUCCUUAAUUUCAUUAUCUAUAAAUGCUUUUUUAAAAUUUACAAUAUAAUUGUUCCAGGUACUCAGUGUAUUUGUUUGUUUUAAAAUAAAUAUUUACU